AUGGCCAACAAGUCGGUUCUAGUCACUGGAGCCAGCGGGUUGCUCGGCCGCGAAAUUCUUCGGACGUUCCACUAUGAUUUGUGGAAAGCCGUAGGGACCGGCCUGAACCGGAUCAAUCCGCCUGAGAUCAUCAAACUCGACAUACAGGAUUCAAAUGAGAUUGCACGUUGUCUUGACCAAGUCAAGCCACAUGCGAUUGUCCAUUGCGCAGCAAACCGCUUCCCGGACUCCUGCGAGGCCAACCCGGAAGCAGCGAGGAAGUUGAACGUAGAAGCUAGCCGAGCACUAGCGGAAGCUGCUAUUGAUAGGAAUAUCUUCCUCAUCUAUAUAUCCACUGACUAUGUAUUCCCUGGGAGGCCGGGCGAUGCACCAUACAAGGUCACAGAUGCCACCAGACCUCCCAAUAUCUACGGCCAAACCAAGCUAGACGGCGAAAAAGCGGUGCUGGACGUAGCCAGGAAGCACGGAGUGAAGAACAAAAUCGUCGUACUGCGUGUACCAGUGCUCUACGGAAAAUGUGACGAGCCGUCUGAGAGCGCUGUAAACGUUCUACUAUCACAGCUAUGGGCCUCUCAAGAGAUCAAAGACGGUGACAGAAAGAUCAAAGUUGACAACUGGGCUCUGCGUUACCCGACAAACACGGCAGACGUAGGACGUGUGUGCCGCGAUAUAUGCAAGCUGUACCUCGACGAAGCGAGUAGCGAGCGUCGAUUGCCUGAGAUUCUGCAGUUCAGCUCCGAGGAUAAAAUGACCAAGUGGGAAAUCGUCAAAACCUUCAGCGAGAUCAUGGGUCUGCCACUUGAUGGAAUGGAGCCUACUAAACCGAACGAAAACCCUGCAGAUGGCGUACAGCGGCCCUACGAUUGUCAUCUCGACACGACUGCUCUUAGGGACUUAGGUCUUAAUGUUAGCACCACUGAUUUCCUCGCAUGGUGGAGGCGCGAAAUUAGAGCUUUCCGUCAUUGA